AUGAUUUCGGCUACAUCAGCAGUGCCGACAUCUGGUGCUGCGACCAUCACAUUCUAUGACGAACCGUGGACGGUGGAAGUAGCGCGUUUGUUAUUGGAGAUAGAUGAGGGUUGGGUAGGUUAUUGUCAUGACACGAUUUGGAGUUGGCAUGAAGAGACGUAUAAGGUCUUUACAUCAAUUUGUUGCGAUCGCAAGUGGCCGUGCAACUCGAAAGCCGCUUGUAUUGCAAUGUUACAGGCGAUACGUACCGGUGUCAUUAGCAUGACAUUUAGUAAUGCAACACGAAGCUCCGAUGGUUAUGCACAGUGGUCAUUGAUUGAGAUGCGGGAGCUUGGAGCUCAGAUGCGACACGUUGUAGACAAUGAGAGUCUAACGAUAUGCUGGACAGCACAAUUGGAGAUGUUUCUACAGAUUAUGACAAGUAAAGACACCAAGUACGUUAUCAAUGAUCGGACGACGGAGGAUUUUGCGGCACGUGCAAGUAAAUAUCUCCCCGAGACGUUGGUGUCGAUCGAUUCGGACCUGCCGAAUCGUACUUUGACUCCAGAAUAUAAACAACGGACGCGUCGGCAAGCAAUGGACGACGCCAUUGAUAGUGCUGAUGAACCUCUUUUGUCGGGCAGAAAUAUCUAUACAAAAGCGACAAUGGCAGCCAGGAAACGAGUUCGAAAUAGAACUGUGGAGACGUUUGAAGAUAAAGACGUAUCGCGGCGGGACAAUACAUCAUUGCAAAAAGGGUCAGCUACGCAAGAACUUUAUGGCGAAUUGCUACAUUUGCCACUAGAAGGUGAUGGACCAUCGACUGAUUGUAGCCAGAACCUUGCAGGUGUAGGACAAUCUUCGCUUUCUAUAGACAUGGUGCAUUCAAGACGGCCCCCUUCAGCAGUAAAUCAUGCUACUGCUUACCACAACUCUCCGUCACCGGGACAAGCCCCACCUCGCCAAGUGUCGACAUCCAUGCGAGACAUUCCCUACCAAAUUGAGUGGGCUCCAACUUCUCCUCUUCAAUAUACUGCGGACCAAGCACAAUCAGUAAACGGGAUUGCUGCAGCAACGCAACAGCCGACUAGAAAGUGUCGGCGCGUCCAGCAAUCGAGUAGUUACAACCGUGAGACGGUCAAUAGUCGCACGAGCAGCACAAAGGCCAAUAUACCGUCCCACUUCCGUAAUCUCAACCCGUACGAUCGGCCGGGCAAGCUAUGGGGUGAGUUCGUGGUGGAAGUGCUACUCGCAGAGAGAACUGCAAGCAACGAAGACGAGCUGGACUACGUGCAGUUCGUACGUAGUCUAUACGAAAUUUGA